AUGGAUUGGUUGAAUGAUUCUAAUUAUCAAAGUGAUUUGCCUUGUUCAGAUCUAUUCAGUCAAACUGUAAAUGUGAAUCCAGCUCACCAUAGAAAUGGAGAGGAUUGUUAUUCUGACAGCAAUGUAUCAACUAAGUAUAACGAUACAUCUUCGUCUAUAAUUUGGCGUGUCAAAGAUUAUAAAUCUCUAUACAAUCUAAUUACACAAUUACCACGUGUCUCUCCUGUACAAGCUGUUUAUCUUCAUGUGUUACAUAGUAAUCUACAUGCAAGACGUUUCUAUGAAAAUCGUGGUUUUAUUUUUCUUCAUACACGUCCCGGUUGUUAUACAAUUGAUGGUAGAUCUGCUGAUGGUUGUACAUAUGUUCUUCAUACAAAUGGUGGAUAUUUAGAUUGUAAACCAAUAAGUUAUAAUUUAAAUACUAUAUAUGAAUAUCUUAAUGAUCAUUCAAUAUUAUGUUAUCUAAGAUGGAUUAUUCGUUUAUUCUCUCAAUCAGGAUAUACCAUUUUGUAUAAAUUACGUCGAUUUUCACAUUAUCUUUAUGAUACUACCCCUUUAAUGUUUUUAAAUUAUCAUACAUAUAAUCAUCAAAGACAGGGAUAUAUCAAUCAUAUUUCUUCGUCGUCUUCUUCUUCGCAUCCAACUUCAUCUUGUUUACCGCGUCAUUUCUCUGAAUGUUCUUUUCCAGAUACCACAUCAACAUCAUCAUCAUCAUUAUGUGUUUCUCCAGAUUCAGCUGUUCUAGAUAAUGAGUAA